ACCACAUCACUCCCUCACUCACCACCUUGAUUUUGGCUGAGAUUGUCAAAUUUUAGAAUGACCCGCGCAUAUUGAGCUCCGCGGUCGCCUUCGACGGGACUGUCUUGAUCUUGCAUCAUGACAGACUCCACAGCUGAGCCCUCCGAGCCGAGGAGCUCGGAGAACACUCAAAGUCGCCAUCAUUGGAGGAGACCAGAGCCUAUGUCGCUGUCAGAUGGAAUCAAGCUAUCCGCGUCAGUCCCUUCGCCCUCGUUUUCGACCGCACAGAGAGAUACACAGCACCUAGCAGAGGAACAAGAUCAGUUGAACGAUCUUCAACCCGUACAAGACUCGGGGGAAUCUACACCCAGAAAUAGAUUCAAAACGCGUACAGGACAGACUGUUGGCUACCUUCAAGAGGGAACGACAUUGGGCGACCCUAUAAUUGCCGAUGAUCCCGUCUCCCUGGUGCCUCGACGGCUGAAUGAGGCGACUGAAGUACCGCAGACUCCCGGGAGUAGGAAGCCGCAGCAGCCACAGUCAGCUGCGAGCCGCCGACCAAGUGUUCAGUUCACUCGAGACCCGCCUGAAGUCGACCCUCUCACCGAGUUGUCCUACUCUAGGCCACCAUCCAUCAGAGGGGAUGAUGCGGAUUUUGGACUGAAAGGAAAACAGUCUCUACUUACGAAGUUGAAGUCUUUCGCAGCUUCGCCAUCUUUCGCAUCGCAUUCUCGCUCAGCUAGUGGCGCAACUCUGAGUGACUUCAGAACCACUAACAACGACCUGGCAACCCCCGGCUCAGAACGGGGCGAGUUUCGCUUUCCAAACACGUUGGAAGAAGAGGGGAGUGACAUCGACGCUGAUGCGGAGGAGAGCGCAGGAGAAGGUCGUAUCAGCCAGCCGAGAAAGAAGAAGAAACAACGUCGACACCAAAUAGACGAUUUAGAUCCGCAAACGCAGACGAAUACACCGAAGACCACUAGUCGCCCGUCGUUUCAUCUGUCCAGCUCAUUUGCACCUUUUGAGAAUUAUCGGUCGAAUUUCUUCCCACGGCGAGGUAGCACUGGAAAUUUUAUCCCACAGCAAAGGGAAGGUGUGUCGGAGGAUGAGGGUCGCGACCGUCUGAACAGAGAUACAGCUUGGAGACGAAGAAGUGUCUGGCUUGCGAAUGCGCGGGGACUAACCUAUAGCGGACGACAGCCAGAUACUACGACGAACCCCGACGAGAGAAGACCGAGCAACCUCAGAAGAUUAACCGGUCUGGCUGCGCCAUCUGAUAAUACCGAAGGUACCACGCCACCCUGGCGACGCCAUCGGGCCGACCGUGGUUCUAGCUUGAGCGCUCAGAAAUGGCGCCAGAUCAAAGCUGGACUCAAGUUGAUCGGGCAGAGACGCAAGGUUGAUAACACGGUCGAUCAUGCGAAAUCAGCAGAACUUUUGGCAGAACUUACCUCUGGGGUACCGGCCGCCCUCAUUCUAGCCAGUAUGUUCCAAAGGGACGAGCACGGCAGCAAACGCAUUCCAAUUUUACUUGAACAGCUCAAGGUGCGAGUCACUGAUAGCAAGAUCGACUCACACUCGGGUGAUCGUCACUUGGUCUUUCGUAUCGAACUCGAGUACGGAAGCGGGAUGACACGAAUGAAAUGGAUUAUCCAUCGAACCUUGAGGGACUUUGCAAAUCUCCAUUUGAAGUAUAAGCUGCAUUUCGGAACGCAGAAGUACAUCCAGUUGCGGAACACCGAGAGUGGACAGAAUCUACCGCGCUUCCCUCGCAGUGCGUUUCCCUACCUUCGAGGUGUUCGUGGCUUAGAGAGUGACAUGGAAGAUGACGAGGACGAAGGUGGGUAUGAGACCGCUGCAGAGGCAACAAGCGGCAACGAAAGGGGCGGCAAGAAGCAAGCACAGCGGCGCCCGUCUGGUGGGCUGUCUCGCAGACAGUCGAGUGCCACAAUACCAGAUGGAGAGAAUGAAGCAGGUGUCUCCGGACCAGUGGAAGCUGGGUUGGCUAUCAAGAAAGAGAGCUACCCAGAGAGGCAACGAAAGAAGCUGGAAUCAUAUCUACAGAAACUUAUUCGGUUCCUCAUCUUCAAGCCAGAUAGCAACCGUCUGUGCAAAUUUCUCGAGUUGUCGGCACUGGGAGUCCGUCUUGCGGCCGAAGGGAGUUACCAUGGCAAAGAAGGAUACCUUGUCAUCCAGUCGUCUAAGGGUCUCGAUUUUCGGAGAGCUCUGACUCCAGGUAUGGUGAAAAAGCGUCACUCACCCAAGUGGUUCCUUGUAAGGCACAGCUAUGUUGUAUGCGUCGAUUCGCCCGAGGAGAUGAACAUAUACGAUGUUUUCCUGGUCGACCCGUUCUUCAAACUCCAAACACAGAAGGUUAGCUUGCGCAAUCAGAAAGCGAAGGAGUUUGCCAAGUCUGCAACAGAGUCAGCUCGACACCCGCAACACCAUACUUUGAGACUCGAGAACUCAGAGCGAAAGCUUAGAUUGCUGGCCAGGAAUGAGCGGCAACUCCACCAGUUUGAGGAUUCAAUACGGUUCAUGGUCAAUACCACCCCAUGGGCGAGGCCAAAUCGAUUCGAAAGUUUCGCCCCCGUACGGCAGAAGUGCUUCGCGCAAUGGCUAGUAGACGCUCGUGAUCACAUGUGGGUUGUGUCCCGCGCAAUCAAUCAGGCCAAAGAUGUCAUCUACAUCCAUGACUGGUGGCUCAGUCCUGAGCUCUACAUGCGUCGACCCGCCGCUAUCAGUCAAAAAUGGCGCCUAGAUCGUUUAUUACAACGCAAGGCGCGUGAAGGCGUGAAAAUUUUCGUCAUCAUGUAUCGGAACAUCAACUCCGCCAUCCCCAUCGAUUCGGAGUAUUCCAAGUUCUCUCUUCUCGAUCUUCAUCCGAAUGUCUUCGUUCAACGAUCACCCAACCAAUUUCGGCAGAAUACCUUUUUCUGGGCGCACCAUGAAAAGCUAUGCAUCAUCGACCAUACUUUGGCCUUCGUUGGGGGCAUUGAUUUGUGUUUUGGCAGGUGGGACACUCCCCAACACCUCUUGACAGAUGAUAAGCCUACCGGCUUCGAAACACGAGAUGGACCGAAGGACGCAGACCAUUGUCAGCUUUGGCCCGGCAAGGACUAUUCAAACCCUCGGAUCCAAGACUUCUACGAUCUAGAUAAACCCUACGAAGAAAUGUACGAUCGGAAUGUCAUUCCCAGAAUGCCGUGGCAUGAUAUCUCCAUGCAUGUAGUAGGUCAGCCGGCGCGCGAUCUUACGCGCCACUUUGUCCAAAGGUGGAAUUACAUCUUGCGCCAAAGAAAGCCAACCCGCCCGACACCUUUCUUGCUUCCACCCCCUGAUUUUGAUGCGGCAGAUCUGGAAGCUCUAGGUCUGGAUGGAACUUGCGAGGUCCAGAUUUUGCGCUCCAGUAGCAUGUGGUCAACUGGCACACCGGACGUAACCGAGCACAGCAUCAUGAAUGCUUAUGUGAAACUGAUCGAAGAAUCCGAUCAUUUUGUUUAUAUCGAGAAUCAGUUUUUCAUCAGCACCUGCGAGAUUGACGGCAGGAAAAUUGAGAAUCUGAUCGGUGAUGCACUAGUAGAGCGCAUCACCCGGGCUGCAAAAAACAAAGAAGCCUGGCGUGCGGUGAUUGUCAUUCCCUUGAUGCCUGGGUUUCAGAACACGGUAGACAGCGAGGGUGGAACUAGCGUCCGUUUGAUCAUGAUGUGCCAGUAUCGCAGCAUCUGCCGUGGGGAGACGUCAAUCUUUGGACGACUACGUGCCUUGGGGAUUGAGCCUGAGGACUACAUUCAGUUCUUCAGCCUCCGAUCAUGGGGUAAAAUCGGUCCGCAAAAGCAGCUCGUAACCGAGCAGCUGUACAUUCAUGCCAAAUGCAUGGUUGUUGAUGACCGUGCGGCUAUCAUCGGGUCAGCAAAUAUUAACGAGCGGUCGAUGCUUGGAUCCCGCGACUCGGAAGUUGCGGCGGUCGUCCGUGAUACAGACAUGAUAUGGUCUAGUAUGAAUGGCCGUCCCUACCUCGUGGGGCGCUUUCCGCAUACGCUUCGCAUGAGACUCAUGAGAGAGCAUCUUGGCGUCGAUGUUGACGAAUUAAUGGAGCAUUCUAUGGCAACUGAGGAAGAGUUGCUAAGAAUUCAGAUUGCCGAAGAGGGGUCCAAGCCACCCGAAUCUCGCGAGGUACCUGACUCCGAGUCUCUGAUGAUGGAGAAGAGGGACGAGAGAGACAUGAUAGAGCGCCGUCAUCGGAUUCAGGACGAGUUCUUAUCUCGAUCAGAAGACAUGCACAGUUUCAACCAUGACGUAGAUUGGGAGCAGGGUAAUAAUCCCAAUCUCAAGUCGAAUAGGAAACUCACAACAGACCCGCGAGUAACCUCUAACCCAGAGCACAAGAAAGAUGUGGACGGGCUUGGGCCGGAUCACCACAAAGUGGCCCAAGAGGUCGGCCUCGAGAAUGGUCGCGAUUCUGAGAUAUUGGAAGACAAGACGGAGGUUCUGGUCUCAGCCAUUGCACCGGAGGGUAAGGGCACGCUGCAAAGCCCCAAGCGUCCUUCGGAACGCACCGUGGGGCAUAAAACUCCUCAUAACACCGAUGGUAUCAGCCAGCCGGGUUCUAGUCUAGCUGUGCAGUCGCAUGAUUGUGCACAGCUCGUCGAAGGAGUGCCAACUAUCAGACACCCAGCACUAGUCCCGGAACAUGAGACAGAAAAUAGUAACAGCGGCGGCCUUGCAGCUAUACGGGACAUUGGUGAUAACGCUAAGUCUUACCUGUCCGCUGCGGAAGUGAAGCAUGUCUUCAUCGACAAAGAUUGCAUGAGGGACCCUAUACUUGACCUUUUUUACCUGGACACCUGGUCUGCCGUUGCUGAAAAGAACACAAAGGUCUUCCGUAGUGUUUUCCGCUGCAUGCCUGAUAGCGAGGUGAAAUCCUGGAAGGAGUACAAAGAGUACGCUGCAUACGGGGAUCGUUUUGCUGAAAUGCAGAGCCAGCCAGGAGUCAAGGUUCCUCAGCCCUCAAGUCAGCGACAAACCGGGCCCCCAGGCACAGCUGCCGGCUUCGCUGGAGCAGCUGCCCAGAUCAAGCAUAGUCUGACAUCACACGGCCAGGCUAAUGAGGCACACAAGGUGGACCAGAAAGAGCAAGCCAACGUUGGAACGCUUGGCAAUCGUGAGAGCGACUCGGUACCAGGUCCGAAUGAGCAACAAGCUGAUGUGACUAUCCACGAAGGGCUGUCCCCUAUUGAUGAGAAGUCUACUCUGAGAGCAACAGCUGGCCCAACAUCAGGGCAGAUACAGACCGGACGGAUCGAGGAUAGCGGCUCGUCUGGGGAGGACGUCGAGAAACAGCGAUCAGAUCCCCCAGUCAUAGAUUAUUCCGAGGCUUUAAAUAAAAAUGCUACCGGUCAGUCCCAACGGCGGAGACGACGAGCAACAACACUCUCAAAGCGUGAAUUCCAUGCGGAUGAAGUGAUGGACAAACAACGAGCGGAAGAUCUGUUGAAUCGGGUCCAAGGUCAUCUUAUUCUAUGGCCUUAUGACUGGCUUGAGAAGGAAGAACAAGGCGGUAACUGGCUCUACACAUUGGAUCAAAUUUCCCCAUUGGAGAUCUACAACUAGCAUGAUCAUUGAGCGCCUGGCUUCUCGCCUGUGUAUUCAAGGGGCUUUCUUUGGCACGCAGGGCAUUACGGAUCCUGCCACCAUGAGGUCACAACACGUUUUUGCAUUUCCUCUUUUGUCGAAUAUUACACGCCCCUCUGACUCAGUGCCUUGGGAGGUAUACUUGUCCUCAAGCAUAGCAAGCGGGCCUUCUUUCAUGACACUAUCCUCUCCAUGAUACAUUUGUAUUAUGUUAUUCCGUAGUAGUUGGUGAGGUGGAUGUAUCGAGAGCCGGCGGGAUUUAACUACACACAAGCAACGAAGGUGACUAAGAGCUCUAACAUGUCGUAUGAGGUAGUCAGGUGACACUCUGGUUGCUGCAGAGCGAAGAUGCUUCGGGCCUGGUUGUGAUCGAAUGG